AUGACCCCUCCCACAAGAAACCUGACCGCCAAAUUCGCGUUCAAGACUGGCGCGGAUGUCUUCUCGCCAGAUGUGCUCGUUCAAAUGGGACGACCUGGCGCUGGCGUUGCCAACGAGCGAGGAGAUAUCGUACUGUCUACUUACGCCAAGUUUUCACUGAAGGACAGAAAGAAUAACAAGUCUGUAUACCUCGUCCCCCUCGAGUCUACAGCGAAACCGCUCCAGAUUCCUCUUCCUAAUGGUGGCGAGUUAUUCUGGCUCGACAGCCGCACUCUCGCACACGCCGUGGAAGCUGACGGAAAACUGGAUCUCUACGCGUUAAACCUCAAAUUCGAGACUUCUGAACUCACAUCUGAGGCUGCCAGCCUCAUCGGUUCCUUCCCCACCACCUCCGCCACCAACUUCCAGUACUCUGCAUCGAGUGGAGUGCUGGUAUUUUCAGACAAUGUUCAUGCAGACGGCGAUCUCAACAAGGUCAAAGAGAACGACGAGGCUUGGGAGAAACGCGGCGAUACUGCUCUGGUCUACGACGAAACUUAUGAACGUCAUUGGGACACAUGGCAAGGCCCGAAGAAACCUUCACUAUUCAGCGUUGCCCUCCAACGCGGCGCGGACAAGAAAUGGUCAUUUGGCUCCACGUUUGACAACCUAUUGAGGGGGACUGGACAUCAUUCGCCCGUUGAGCCAUUUGGUGGAACUGACGACUUCUCUGUCGCGGGCACGUCCGUCUUAUACACGACCAAGGAUCCAAUCUUGCCCCAAGGAUGGCACACGAAGCAGAAUGUCUAUCUCGUUAGCACGUCGGACCCCGGCAACCCGAAAGAGUUGACGUCCGGAAAGCAAGGCGCGACCCACAGUCCCGUUUUGAACUCGGACGGUUCCAAAGCAGCCUGGCUCGAGCUUGCCGAAGAUGGCUAUGAGGCAGACAAGGCAAAUAUCGUCAUCUACGACCUGAAAAAGAACGUGCGCUUUACGUUGAUCGAAAAAUGGGACCGCUCUCCUGAAGCUAUUUCUUUCUCGCUUGAUGGCAAACUUCUCUACUUCACUGCAGGAGACAAUGCACGAGUCAAGCUCUUUGCCUUGCCAAUCCCACCAACCCCAGAGUCCUCCUCGGCCACUUUUGCCCAAAAGUACCAGACCCCAGUUGCCCUGGUCAAGAACGGCGCAGUAUCUGGUGUCCAACCGCUGCCCAAUGGUCGCCUACUGUUCUCCCGAAAUUCGCUCACAACCCCCAACGACGUCUAUGUCAUCAGAGACCUCAACUCCUUCGAGAGUGAACUAGUUUCCAGCGAUUCUGCAGUCGAGUUCAAGGGAUUAGUCGAGCAAGUGUCACAUUUUACUGCGGAUGAUCUGGACGGAAAGUCCCUCGAUGAGGGCGAAGAGUUCUGGUUCAAGGGAGCGCUGAAUAAAGACAUCCAAGGCUGGGUGUUGAAGCCCAAGGGCUUCAGCAAGAAUGAUAACAAGAAGUGGCCCGCGUUACUUCUCAUUCACGGUGGGCCACAAGGUGCAUGGGAAGAUCAGUGGUCGACCCGCUGGAACCCGAACAUUUUCGCUCAGCAAGGAUACUUCACCGUCAUGAUCAACCCUACCGGCAGUACGACAUUCGGUCAAGAACUCACCGAUGCAAUCGCUGAAGACUGGGGCGGAAAGCCAUUCGUUGACCUGAUAGCUGGUUGGAAAUACAUCUUGGACGCCUACCCUCAGAUCGACACCGACCGCCUUGUGGCAGCAGGAGCUAGCUGGGGUGGUUAUGCGAUCAACUGGAUUCAAGGCCAUCCCGAGUAUGGCUUCAACUUCAAGGCCCUCGUCUGCCAUGAUGGUGUCUUCGAUAGUGUUUAUAACGGAUAUUCGACUGAAGAACUGUAUUUCUUCAACCACGAAUGGGGAGGAAGACCAUGGGAAGAGAAGAGCAAGAAGCUGCUCGAACAGAUGACCCCGUCAAACUACGUCCACAAGUGGUCGACUCCUCAGCUACUUAUCCAUGGAAGCAAGGACUAUCGACUGGCAGAAACGGAGUCAAUCGGAGCAUUCCAUGCUUUGCAACAAUUGGGAGUACCGACACGGCUCGUCAUCUUCCCGGAUGAGAACCAUUGGGUUUUAAAGCACGGAAACAGCCUAAAAUGGCACUACGAAGUUCUGCGUUGGUUCGAAGAGUUUGUCGGCAAUGCAUGA